GUGAAAUUUCCCCCAAACACAGCAAUAAAAACACUAUGUGCAUGGUUCAUGCGGCUUAUGCCCUUCUACCCAUGCUGCCUUUAGCUAAAAGGGAGCCGCGCUUACAAAUGUGCUGCAGGCAUCCAAAGAGGCUGAACAAAUAUCUGCAGCUGCUGCCUAAAGCCGACAUUUUACGGAAAGUAGCUGCAUUUAGAUUAGAGUUUCGCGAACUUCUGUCGCUUUAGUACGGCUUUAGGCAUAGAGAGCGGCGUAGUAUGGACGCACUUGAAGGAGAUAAGCAAGGGUGUACUGGUUUCGGAAGAGGCUGUACCUUAUAUAUACGUAGAACGUUGACGUACGGGUGCUCAGCUGUACUAGC